AUGGCAACACUCUGCACAUUAGUGGCAGGUUGGCGCAUCGUCGUUCGGUUCCAGAUGAGGCCGUGGCUUGGGCUAAGUGACUGGCUCAUGAUAGGAGGUGUUAUACUCAACUUCGUAGCGUGCGUCCCGUAUGCCGCCCUCGCUGCAAAAGCUGGUCAAGGCCGCUUGAUGGCGGAUCCAUGGUGGACUGUCCCCGGGAAUACAUCCAAAGAGCUACACUUAAUCUUUAUUACGCAGUGUCUAAACGUCUACGCCAUGUUCUUGGUCAAGGCCUCGAUUUGCGCAUACCUCAUGGCUCUGGACUUUGGGCGCAGCUACCGAGUUCUCAUAUGGGUAUCCGUCGUCAUCGUGGUACUUUGCAACUUCGUCAUGAUGUUGAUACUGCACUUUGCAUACUGCCGACCGUACUACUCUCGAUGGGACUUCUCAGUACAAGGGGAGUGCUGGCCAGAGGCAGUGAGUGACGCCACGGCGUAUGUACAGAUUGCUUCGAACGUCUUUACAGAUCUGAUCUAUGCUGCUGCGCCGAUCGUAUAUAUGAGGCACGUGCAGCUCAGCAAGCAGACGCAAUGGGGUGUCAGAAUCGUAUUCCUCCUGGCCCUCGUUGGAACUGGCCUCUCGAUCGCGAAACUCUUCGUCACGAUGAAAUUCUUUCGAUCUCAGGAGAUGAUGUGGGACGCCAUCGAUCUCAGUAUCUGUAGCAUCAACGAAGUUUGCGUCGGUAUCAUUAUUGCGAACCUGCCACCAUUACGAAGGACUAUACUCGGCCUCUUCUCAAGAUUCCUUCCUUCGAACUACGCUACCAGCCUCGGUGUUUCGCGGAGGAAUACCAGCCAGUUCCACCCAACAUCCUCGCACUAUACUUCCAAGCUGCGCACCAAGCUGGAUAAUGAGGGCGAUGAUGAGAGCGAGCGACAUAUAUUGGAACUCGAAGACAGGAUACAAUGCGCAGGGAUUAUGAAGACGACGCACGUGAGCAUUCGCGAGGGCGAUGCGCAGUCACAGAGGACGCUGUCGCUCAAGCACAAUUUUUGA